AUGUGUACCUCAAUCGCUGUAUAUACAGUACACAUCAUCCUACACUUCCAUCACAACCCAGUGUACCUCAAUCACAGCACACAUCAUCCUAUACAUCCAUCACAACCCUGCGUACCUCAAUCACAGCUCACAUCAUCAUAUACAUCCAUCACAGCCCUGUGUACCUCAAUCACAACACACUUUAUCAUAUACAUCCAUCACAACCCUGUGUACCUCAAUCACAGCACACUUUAUCAUAUACAUCCAUCACAGCCCUGUGUACCACAAUCACAGCACACAUCAUCAUAUACAUCCAUCACAGCCCUGUGUACCACAAUCACAACACACAUCAUCAUAUACAUCCAUCACAACCCUGUGUACCUCAAUCACAGCACACUUUAUCAUAUACAUCCAUCACAGCCCUGUGUACCUCAAUCACAACACACAUCAUCAUAUACGUCCAUCACAACCCUGCGUACCUCAAUCACAACACACUUUAUCAUAUACAUCCAUCACAACCCUGUGUACCUCGAUCACAACACACAUCAUCAUAUACAUCCAUCACAACCCUGUGUACCUCAAUCACAACACACUUUAUCAUAUACAUCCAUCACAACCCUGUGUACCUCAAUCACAACACACAUCAUCCUAUACAUCCAUCACAACCCUCUGUACCUCGAUCACAACACACAUCAUCCUAUACAUCCAUCACAACCCUGUGUACCUCAAUCACAGCACACUUUAUCAUAUACAUCCAUCACAACCCUGUGUACCACAAUCACAGCACACUUUAUCAUAUACAUCCAUCACAACCA